AUGCGUUCUCUGCCGCUUUCACUAUGGCUUCUCCUGACGGCGCAAAUCGAGGCCCGUGAGCAGGCUCAAGUUGACUCACGGCACCCCUCACCCACGGCUGUUCGCAAGAUGCCCCCCGACCAAGGCGCCAAGUUCCACCACGAAUACUGCGCCUUCGAAGACCACCAAGCCUUUGCCCCAGCAUCACAUCAACCACAUGCAGCAAUAGCAGCUCGUGACGUUCACAACGAAGACGAUGCUCGCAAAAUAUGGGCCAACGCAUCGGCAGAACUGCUUCCCCGCCCACCGUUUGCCCUACUCUCCGACCCAGAGUUCCAAGACGAGAGCACAUCACCAGCAGGGAGCCUCUUUCGCCGGGCCGCGUUAGCUUUCUCCUUGCUCGAGAAGCGCCAGUGGGCAUGCCCGGGUGGGACAACCAGCUGCUCCUCGAUCGGGUUCCCCAACAGCUGCUGCGGGGAGGGCGAAAAAUGCAUGGAGGUGACCGACACGGGGCUCGGGCCUGUGGGUUGCUGCCCGGCGGGCGCGACAUGCAACGGCGGGAUAUCCGAAUGCGCAGACGGCAGCACCCCCUGCGGGGAGCAAUCUCGGAGGCGGCUGCUGCAUCCCGGGCUUUGUCUGCCGCGGCCGUAG